ACCUCAGUCACCUGUCCCCACCUCAGCAUCUGGCUGUACCCUUUGAUACAGUCACCACGUCAAGAUGGCGCCGACAAUGCGCAGAAGCAAUCAAGACAAUACGAAGGCCAGUGCAGAUGCUGCGAACGAAGCAGGCAAUACCUACUCGCGAAUCCGGGUAGCAAGCUCCCGAGAAAUGGGUCCCUCGCAACAAGUGCUAUCGAAGGACCGAGGGUCUGGUCAGCUUCAAGAAGUUGAAGCGCCUGCAGCAUGUUUGCAAAUGCCGACUCACCUCUACUUCGCUUGCCGCCUGAGAUCUCAAACAUAAUCUUCGCAUGUGCUGUAUACCGGCCCAACAAGAUGCGGCUGUAUUACAACUCUCACAUUGAGAUUUUUAGGAGUGGCUUCUCUAGCCACGUUUACAAGAGAUGGCACGAGCCUAUCGCCUUCAGCCUACCUCAAGUCUGCCGUCAGAUUUACGCUGAGACCGUAACCUUGAUCUACACAAUCAACAGGUUCUCGUUUGCGACGCAUUAUGCGAUGUCGAAGUGGCUGUCCAAGCGUCUGCCAGCUCGGCUUGAGGCCAUCAAGCACCUCGAGCUUCUCGACGAGGAAGAUGACGAGGAACGAGCGGACGUGUUGCAGCAGCUCAAAGACAUUUCUUGUCGAAAUCUUUGCUCGCUGACCAGGAAUACGAAAACGGCUGGCGUUAUAGCGCCUUUACAAGCAUGGGUACAAAGCAGCUGAAGAAGCGAGCGGAACUAUUUGAGUACGGAAGAUGAGGGACCCUGGUCGGAGAUGAGUGAGGGUUACUACUACUGAGGUAGCACGUGAUACCUGGUGACUUUUUUUUGAAGACGACUAUGCUUCUGAGCGCACAUGAGCGCUUGACUGGCUAA